AUGCUUGACAGGGGUAUUGAUCCACGCGAACGAAUGAGUCUAAACUACGCACUACGGUGGUUAGGUCAGGCUUGGAGAGAUAAGGUUAAGGAUGAGACUAUUCAGAAGUGCUUUAUUAAGAGUACUGUUCUUCCUGGCCGUCGUCAACAAGAUCAGACUAAUCAGGAGACCCCCGCGGCCGGGGAUCCUGAAUCAAGGCUUCUUUAUUAUGAGGUGGUUGAAAAGCUUGAAACCCAGCCUAAUGCGGAAGGAAUUUUACCAUUUAUGGAAUUCCUUAACCCUUCAGAUGAGGAUAUCGAUACCACCGAGCCUGAUAUGGACGAUGUCCUUCUUACUGUAGGUAGUGAGGAUACUGAAGAUGAGCCCGAUGAGGAAUAUAUAUUUGGUCCUAAGUCAGACAUAUUACCCGACGCGGUGGCUCUGCGACAUCUAUCAGAUCUAUCACUAUAUGCUACACAAAGAGAGGGCUGCACGGAAGAGGAUAUAGCCUUGAUUGAUGCAUUGACGAAGUCAUUCAGGAAGCUUGAGGUAAAUGGGAAGAAACAGAAGACAUUGAUGGAGAUGGGAUUUAAACCUAAAUAG